UUUUUCUUUGCAGUAGCCGCUCGCUCUCAGCAGGGGCUCCCUCGCCUUGCCUCCUUGUUUGCUUAGCGGCGGGCCGGCCGCAGAACUACUUUUGCGCACGCAGCAGCAGCAGCCGCGUCGCCCUCCCGGGUUUUUGUGCGCGUGUGAGUGUGCGCGCCGCGCUCUCUUGCAAGGAAACUCGACGGAUUGCUUGGGGCGCCCCGCGGUAGCGUGCCUGGAGGAGCCGUGCCUUUUCCGCGCAGCCGAUCGCCCAAGGAAGAGGAGGGAUAACCGUAGGGGCUUGUUGACACAGGCACGAUCCCAGGAGUUGGAAUUCCCCCCACAUACACACACCACACACACCCAGCGCGAAGGUGACGGGGGACCCUGGCGGCUGCAGCUGGUGCGUAAGAGUGCUGCGCGCGGAAGAGGCUCUCCUACUUAACUGCUUUCACGUCCCUUAUUAUUGUCCUGGAGCAAGAAGGGAGAAAACGACUUGAUCCAGCACCCCUGCUCUCUUCCGCCUGCUCCCCGGUGCAGUUUCGCCGGAGAUGGCAUUUUGGCUUGAGGUGCAUUGACUGAGAAGAGAAAUGAAGCCCAGGCAGUCCAGAUGGUUGCCUGAACCCCAGGUAUCCCACUCAUUUCUGACUGCAGCUCUAAGCUAUUUACUAGCAGAAUUUCAACUGCUGCCAUUGCAUCGAUUGUGGACUCCUGCCAGAACUUGCCGAUAGGACUCAGAAUGAGUAUGAUGCCUCUGGGGGCACUCCUUCUUCCUGCUCUGUGUUUCCUGGGUGCAGUAAUUCCGCCGGGACUCCAGUAUGCCACCUUUUCGCACAACGCCACCAAAUUCCUCCAUCUGAUCAUGGAUCCCAACUCGGGGACUCUCUACCUGGGGGCUACAAACUUCCUCUUCCAGCUGACGUCGGGCCUGGCGCUGGAGGAAGCAGUCUCUACCGGGCCCUCUUUGGACAGCAAGGAUUGCCUCCCGCCCGUCACCAGGCAGGAAUGCCCCCAAGCGCAGGAGACGGACAACUACAACAAGCUCUUGCUGGUCAACUCGCCCAAGGAGGAGCUCAUCGUGUGCGGCAGCGUGUGGCAGGGCAUCUGCGAGAAGAGGAGACUCGGCUUCAUCGACCGCGUCCUCUUCCAGCCCCAGACGCCGGGGGACACCCAGUACGUGGCAGCCAACGACCCCAACAUCUCCACCGUGGGGCUGAUCGGAUACGCCAAAGACAACAUGCCGCUGCUCUUCGUGGGCCGGGGGUACACCAGCCGGGGGGUCGGGGGCAGCAUCCCCCCCAUUACCACUCGCAAUCUCGGGACCCAUCCUGGGCAAGACCCGCACUCCAUCUUCUCCUACGAGGAAACGGCCAAGCUGGCCGUGGGCCGCCUCUCGGAAUACAACCACCACUUUGUCAAGUCGUUCACGCACGGCUCCAGCGUCUACUUCCUGUUCUACCGGCGGGACCUCAAGUCGCACUCGCGCGAGUACCGCACCUACAUUUCCCGCAUCUGCCUGGACGACGCGCACUAUUACUCCUACGUGGAGCUGCCCUUGCUCUGCCGGAGUAAAGGGAAGACGUACAGCCACCUCCAGGCCGCCUAUGUCUCCCAGCCGGGCGGAGAAGGCGGUGUUGGCGGCGCAGCCCGUGGAGACGUGCUUUUUGUUGCCUUCUCCGCCUGGCAGGCUUCUUCUGGGAAGCUGAGUGAGGAAUCUGCGCUCUGCAUUUAUACGAUGGACGAGGUGGACCGCCUCGCCACGCGGACCAGGGACCUUUGCUACACUAAGGACGGGAAAUCAGAAGAAGGUGUCGAGGUGGCUUAUAUAGAGUACGACGUCAGCUCCAACUGUGUCCAGCUGUCGGCGGAUACUUUGGAUGCCUACCCUUGUGGCUCAGACCACACCCCCAGUCCAAUGGCCAGCCGCGUACCACUUGAAGCAGAGCCCAUCUUGGAAAAGCCGGACGCCCGCCUGACCGCCGUGGCCGUCAGCAUUGAAGAUGGGCACACUGUCAUCUUUCUGGGAGACAGCAAAGGCUGCCUGCACAAGGUGUACUUGGGACCAAUGGGAGACGCCAACCUGUAUGCUUCUCUAGUGAUCCAGCCGAACAGUGCCGUGAGUGGAGACCUCCUCUUCGACCUGCCCAAGAAGCACCUGUAUGUCAUGACUCAGUCUAUGGUGACCAAGAUCCCCAUAUUUGAGUGUUCCCAGUACCCCGACUGCGAGUCGUGCUUGGCUCUGAGGGACCCCUAUUGUGGCUGGUGCGUCCUCCAAGGAAGGUGCAGCCGUCGCUCUGAGUGCUCCAGGUUUAAAGUGAGUGAGCAGUGGCUGUGGGGCUUUGAGUCCAGCCAGCAAUGUCUUUCCGUCCAGUCUCUGAGCCCGGCCAACAUCAGCAGAGAAGAACAGAAAAACGUGUUCCUCACUCUUUCGGAUUUGCCGGCCCUGCGGGACGGAGAGUCCUACACGUGUUUCUUUGAAGAGUAUGAGAGCCCCGCAGUGACAAUGGGGUCAGGCAUCAUGUGUCUUUCACCAGAUCCCAGCCAUGCGCCAGUUUUGAAAGCAGGGACAGACCACGUAACCAUUCAGCUGAUGGUGCGCUUCAACGACGUCUUCAUUACCUCAACACCUUUCUCCUUCUACGACUGCAGGGCGGUGGCUCUUCUGAGGAAAUCGGCACCGUGCCAGGGAUGUGUGAGCAGUCACUGGGGAUGCAAUUGGUGCGUCCACCAGCACCUCUGUACACAUAAAGAUGCCUGUGAAAAAGGAACCGUUAUCUACAAUGAGAGGGCUCAAAUACCAGCCUUCACCCCAUGGCCUUCUGCGGCCACCCCAGACGCAGCAGUGUCCCCUUCGUCUCCUCCGACCACGGCCACCGAACCUGCCGUUCUCCCGGCCACGCCUGCGGCCACCUCCGCUCCCAGUUCCACCACCAUACCUGCCGUCCCUCUCACCACCCCGCCGGCAACUCCUGCCACAACCCCUCUGCCGCCGGAAACCCCCAGCCCCACGCAUGCGCCAGCCCCGACCACGGACGGCCUCACUUCGCUGGGGACGGACGCUCCGACGCUGCCUCCGACCGACGUGCCUGCCACGGCCAGCCCUACCUCCGAGGCUGUCUCCAGCGCCCAGCCGGAAACGGAGGGCUCCGUGACGCACUCUACCUCAGAGCCUGUCCUUGGCCCCGAAGACUGGUCCACGUCCCCUCCUGCCACUGUGGCUGAUGGCACCCUGUGGCCUCAUGUGGAGGCCCAGACGCCUUCCCCCGAUGCCGAAAACUUGACAUCGGUUCCAUCGGCUGCCCCUGAGGCCCUCACCUCUCCCGUCCCAACCUCCCUCGCCCCCAACCAGACAGGAAGCGCCCCCAACUCUUCGGCUGACUUGCGUCCGGAAGAUCUGGAGACGGAGCUCGCGACUUCUGAGGCGCCGCCUGCUACGGGCUUUCCCGACUGGCCUCCGGGGGACAGCUCUGAACUCGAGGACAGUGCGGAAUGGGUGGAUUCUCUGCCGCCCGAGAACGACACGUCCUCCUUCUCUGCCUCCAUCCUCCUCUCGGGCGACGGGGACUCCUCAGAGAGCGACGUCUCUGAUAUCCCCAGAAUCCUCAACCCGGGCCUGGACUACCAGUACGACGCGCCUGGGUUUCUUGACUUGAAUGAGGAGCUGAGCCAGGGACCGGAAGCCUGUCCCUGUGUGCGGGGCAUUCAGGGGUCCUCGCUGAUGCCCGUCAAUGUGCAGAGAAAGAUCACGCUGAUAGGGAGCAACUUCCACCUCUAUCAGGAUAAUCUAUGGGAAUAUGAAUGUGUGUUGGUCCUGGAAGGGAAGACCUUGAGCGUGGAGGCGCAUAUCGAACAAGACGAAACCAAUCCAUCUCUUUGCUACAUCACAUGCCAGCUGCAUCAGUACAGCUACUCAGCCCCCCAGCUGGAAUUCAGUGCCGUGAUUUUUGUGCAGCGGAAGAGGCGCCUGCGUGUGGACAGCGUCGAUGAUCUCCACGUGACCCUGUACAAUUGUUCUGUGGGGCACUUGGACUGCAGCCGCUGCCAGACGGCUGAUGCCAAGUACGGCUGCGUGUGGUGCAGUGGGGAGCAGCCCAGCUGCCUGUUCCGCGACUCCUGCAAAGAAGAUGUGGCGGACACAUGCCCGGCUCCCCUGAUUCACGCCGUUUAUCCCUUAACUGGGCUGGUUGAAGGGGGUACCAGAAUCACCAUCACCGGCUCAAACCUUGGUCAGAAGCACCAGGACAUUGCUGGGAGAGUCACCGUGGCCGGAAUCCCCUGUGAGGUCGAUGCUCUGGUGUAUGAGAUCUCCAGCAGUAUCGUGUGCACCACGGGCGGAAGCGGCGUGGAGAGGUCUGGGCACGUGGUCGUGGAGGUUCCCGGAGGAGGACAGGGAGUUUCUGGACAUGUGUUUACUUACCAGAACCCAGAGCUGAAGUCCAUUUACCCAACACGAGGCCCCAAGGCUGGAGGAACCUGCCUCACACUGACGGGAUCCAAGCUGCUGACUGGCAACCCCAGCAAAAUCAGCAUUCUGGUCGGACGCUUCCCCUGCUAUAUUCAUUCUGAAGUACAAGAGAAGGAGCUUCAGUGCCUGACUAGCGCCAGUAACGCAUCUGUGGAACUCAACGUCACAGUCAAGUACGGGGAUCAGGAACGGAGUUUGGAGUACCCCCGCUUCAAAUACACCCUGGACCCCAACAUCACGUAUGCAGAACCAGCCAAGAGUUUCCAGAGUGGUGGGAGAGAGAUCCGAGUUCGUGGGCACAACCUCGAUGUCGUGCAGUGGCCCAAAAUCCGCGUCACGGUUUCUCCGCUGGAGCGCCGGCGCAGGGGCUUGGGCAGGUGGCGCAGGAUUAUUCCGGAUACAGAAUGCCCUGAGAAUGCCCUCUGCAGCGUCCAACAAUUUGAAGAGCCCUGCGAGGUCAACUCCUCCAGCCUCAUCCUGUGCAAAACGCCUGCCAUUAAGCAGCUUUCUCCCUCCGUGCAAGUGAAGCUGGAGUUUGUCCUUGAUAACCUCAGUUUCGACUUCAACACUGUGCAUCCAAGCGGCUUCUCCUACGAGGUGGAUCCCGUCCUGCACCCCCUUAAUAUGGAUGACCACACCAAGCCCUAUCGUCACAAGCCUGGAAGCGUCAUCUCUGUGGAGGGGGAAAACCUGGACCUGGCCAUCUCCAAAGAGGAGGUGAAAGCCAUGAUCGGAGUUGGCGUCUGCUCGGUCAAGACCCUGACGAAGAACCACCUCUAUUGCGAACCCCCCGCCGAGCAACCAGCUCCUCUGCACCGGGCCAAGCGGGAAGGCACAGACUCUUUGCCAGAGUUCACAGUUCAAAUGGGCAACAACCAAUUUCGCCUGGGCCGCGUGCAGUAUGACACAGAGAGUCAGCUGACCUUCCCCGUGGAGGCCCAGAUUGGCUUGGGGGUUGUCGCCUCCUUUGUUGCUCUGAUCGUCCUCAUCAUCGUCUUCAUCUACAGGAGGAAGAGCAAGCAGGCCCUGAGGGAUUACAAAAAAGUUCAGAUCCAGCUGGAAAACCUGGAGACGAGUGUCCGGGACCGGUGCAAAAAAGAAUUCACUGACCUCAUGACAGAGAUGAUGGACCUCACCAGCGACUUGGUUGGCACUGGGAUCCCCUUCUUGGACUACAAGUCCUACGCAGAGCGUGUCUUCUUCCCAGGCCACCGCGAGUCGCCGCUGCAAAGGGACCUGGACGUGCCAGAAUGCCGGAGGCAGACGGUCGAACAAGGCUUGGUGCAACUCUCCAACCUCCUCAACAGUAAGCUCUUUCUCACCAAGUUCAUACACACUUUGGAGAUCCAGCGCACUUUCUCCCCGAGGGACCGGGCCUACGUCGCGUCUCUUCUCACGGUCUCGCUGCACGGGAAGCUUGAGUACUUCACGGACAUCCUCAAGACCCUCCUGAACGACCUGGUGGAGCAGUACGUCGCCAAGAACCCCAAACUGAUGCUGCGAAGGACAGAGACGGUGGUGGAGAAGCUGCUGACAAACUGGAUGUCCAUCUGCCUAUACGCGUUUGUGAGAGACUCUGUUGGAGAGCCUCUCUAUAUGCUUUUCCGGGGCAUAAAGCACCAGGUGGAUAAGGGGCCAGUGGACUGGGUGACGGGAAAGGCGAAGUACACCCUGAAUGACAACCGCCUUCUCAGAGAAGACCUGGAAUACCGCACACUGACCUUGACAGCCGUGGCUCAAACUGGAAGCACGGUGGGAGGACCAGAGGGCUCCCAGGGGGUGUUGGUGAAGGGGCUGGAUUGCGACACCAUCACCCAAGUGAAGGAGAAGAUUCUCGACCAGGUCUACAAAGGGACACCUUACUGCCACCGGCCAGACCCAGACACGCUUGACUUGGAGUGGAGAUCAGGUCUGGCUGGGCACCUCAUCCUCUCCGAUGAGGAUGUGACUUCUGUUGUCCAGGGCAACUGGAAGCGUCUCAACACACUGCAACACUACAAGGUGCCCGAUGGAGCCACUGUUGCUCUUGUUCCUCGUAUGACCAAGCAUCUUCCCAGGGAGAAUCAGGACUAUAUCCCUGGAGAGAAGACCCCAAUGCUGGAGGAUGCUGAUGAGGGUGGGAUGAAGCUCUGGCACCUGGUGAAGCCGACAGAGGAGCCCGAGCUGCCUAAACACCGGCGAGGGAGCGUCCGGGAGAGAGAGAGGGCCAAGGCUAUUCCUGAGAUCUAUCUUACCCGCCUCCUCUCCAUGAAGGGGACGAUGCAGAAGUUUGUAGACGACCUGUUCCAGGUGAUCCUCAGUACCUCCCGCCCCGUCCCGCUGGCUGUGAAGUACUUCUUUGACCUGUUGGAUGAUCAAGCGCUGAGCCAUGGGAUCACGGACCCAGAGACCAUCCACAUCUGGAAGACAAACAGCCUUCCCCUGAGGUUCUGGAUCAACAUAAUCAAGAACCCCCAGUUCGUAUUUGAUGUGCAGACGUCAGACAAUGUGGAUGCUGUGCUCCUGGUCAUCGCUCAGACCUUCAUGGACUCCUGCACUCUCGCUGACCACAAGCUGGGCCGGGAUUCUCCAAUUAACAAGCUUCUCUAUGCCCGCGACAUUCCACGUUACAAGCAGAUGGUGGAAAGGUACUAUGCAGAUAUCCGCCAAACCAUCUCUGCAAGUGACCAGGAAAUGAAUUCCACCCUGGCUGAACUCUCACGAAACUACUCAGGUGACCUCAAUUCCUUGGUGGCUCUGCAUGAGCUCUACAAGUACAUCAACAAGUACUAUGACCAGAUCAUCACCGCCUUGGAGGAGGACCCGACGGCGCAGAAGAUGCAGCUGGGCUACCGCCUGCAGCAGAUUGCCGCCGCCGUAGAGAACAAAGUCACGGACUUGUGAUGUGCACAAGGGGACAGUCAGCCAGGCGGGGGGAGGGGGCAGAGGGCACCUGCUGCAGCCGGGACCAGGCACGCCACACCGACGAAGUGGAAGGAGGGAGGAGGAGCAGCAGCAGACCAGGAAAUGCCAAGCGCCGUGGAGGGCCGAGGGUGCCAGAGAACUUUAUUCUUCUUUUUUCCUUUGUGUUUUUUUUUUUGCAA